GCGAAGAUGGCGCUGUCCAGUGGGUUCUUGGGUCGGAGGUUUUUGCUUCUUUUAGCCCAGGAAAACGUGGAGUUCCGGCUCCCGGCACCCUGCCAGAGUUGACGUGCAUCCGAUGUCGCCUCCAUCCUCGCUCGGAAUUGUCCCUUAACUCUUGAAAUAGUCAUCCGCAAGUCGUAUCUGGUUUUCUUGUACAGGCUUCGGUCGCCAGACUUAAAUGCCACAGGUCUAGCCCUCAUCAGACUACGAAGCUCCUGCUUCAUCUAUGGCUUUUGAUUUGGGCAUUUCAGAAAUUAAAUCCUUGUUCUCGCUUUGUAAAUGCCAGUUCAGUUCUGAAGAAAACUUUGAUGAGAGGUCUCCUUUCUGGAUCGUACAUAUUCCUUCCGAGGAGCUGGCAAAAGCAGUCAUGAGGCGGACAGUGUGUGCAAAGUCAAUAUUUGAAUUGUGGGGUCAAGGAAGAACGCAUGAAGAACUGCAUAACUCACUGAGAAAUUAUCCUGUUGACAAGAUGAUCCCAUUCCUUCAGCAAGGUUCAACAUAUCAGAUAAAAGUUUAUGCAUUCAAUAAAACCUUGUCGCAUAAUGAGAGAAUUCAAAAGAUAGACGAUUUAGGAUUUUUGCCAUUUCAAGGAACAGUGAAACUAAAGGAACCAGAACAUGUGUUCUGGUUACUCGAAGACUACGGAACAGAUCCCAAUAAUGCCCCAGAGAAGCCCUUUCAUAUUUAUUUUGGAAGAUGGAUUGCUGAUGGUCAGAGGGAGCUAAUCAACUUGUACAGUGUGAAGAAACGUCACUUCAUUGGUAAUACCAGCAUGGACGCCUGCCUUUCCUUUUUAAUGGCAAAUCACGCUAAAGCAGGAGCCAACAACUUGGUUUUUGAUCCAUUUGUGGGAACAGGCAGUCUUCUCGUUGCUUGUGCUCAUUUUGGUGCAUACGUAUGUGGGACCGAUAUUGACUACAACAUUAUUCAUGGGCGUGGCAAGGCCAGUAGGAAGAACCAGAAAUGGAGAGGACCUGAUGAAAACAUCCGGGCUAACCUCCGGCAGUAUGGCCUGGAGAAAUUCUAUGUUGACGUGCUCGUUUCAGACACUUCCAAAAAUAUAUGGAGGAAGGCGAAUAUUUUUGAUGCAAUCAUUACAGAUCCUCCAUAUGGUAUCAGGGAAUCUACGCGAAAAACAGGAUCACAGAAAGGAAGUAUAAAACCAGCAGAAGAAUAUAUUGAAAGUCACGUCCCAGUCUCCAUGAAUUAUCAUCUGAGUGAUAUUUUUAUUGACCUACUGAACUUGGCCGCAGAAAACCUGGUCAUGAAUGGUCGGCUAGUAUACUGGCUACCUGUGUAUAAACUGGAUCGAACGGAACCAUUCGAAAGAUCCAUCUUUCAAUGUGAUUCUGAGUCGGGCUGGGCAAAAGGAAGGCUUGAAAUCCUGAUUAAAAAGCUCGGACAGAACUUCUUUGAACUUAAAUCGUUCCUGCAUAACCUCAGCUACUCUGAAGAUGUUAUCCCUCAACAUCCUUGCCUGAAGCUUAUUAGUAACUGUGAACAGCCUCUUACAACUCAUACAUCUCGACAACUAAUAACAAUGGAAAAGGUGAAAGAAUUUGAGGAUAAGGAUCGAUAUGCCCACCUUAAUGAUGCCAGGUAUAAUCCAUAUGUCGGCCACAAUUCAUUCCGCGAGAAAUAUUUCAGUGGAGUCAUGAAGAAGAUUUCUAAGGAAAAUAGAAAUACCCAGAACUGAGAAGCUCAAAUAUAUUUUCAUCUGUAAGAGACUUUUUAAGUUAAUAAAUGCAGAUCCCUUUUAGUUGAUUGUCAUAGUU